AUGGCUUUCAAACCCGGCUUCAGUGACCGACUGGACGAGCUGCGUUUUCCAUCGCCUCGGUCGCCUCCAGUCGACGCUCCGUUCGCGUCUCAUACCCCCCUCUCUCCUCCUGCUAGCAUGAUGUCGGCCUUUUCGCGUCCUACCACCGACGUUCGCGCCAACCUUCAACGCCGAUUCACAACCGAUGCCGGGAAAUUGUCAUCUUGGAACUUCCUGAACCAGCAACCCACGCCUCCUGCUGAAUCGAUGGAUUUGUUGUCUUCGAUCGAAAAGAAGCGGCAGCAUAUUGAGUACAUGCGCGAGCAGAGAAAACGAUUCGAGGCUGAUAUGAAAUUGCUGGACUUGCAACACGAAAGAGAGAGGCAGGAAAUAGACCAAUUAGCUCGCGACCUUGCGCAUGCAGGUCUAUCUGGCCCAGUCAGCGAGCCAACAACACCACCAGAAUAUCGAGAUGGUGGUUUCCCUUCAGCUUUUGCUCGUCCCUCUCGCUUCUCUACCUCUAGUGUCACGUCAUCUCCUGGUAUCUUUAACAUUUUCUCGCCUUCACAGGUUACCUCACCUCCACCAGCCUCCCAUACUAGGAAUGGUGGUGCCACUGCCACUGCCACUGCAAACAACCAUCGUUUCUCUGUCCAGUCGGUUCCUGGUUCGAGACGUAAUUCUGAAGAGGAGGAAUAUUUUCCAGAGUCGGUGGCUUCUUACAGGCCAGGCCCUUCCCCAGCAAUGGAGCCGUUCAACGCUGCUCGACUCCUGUUUGGAGACGAGAAAGGCGGUCCCAAGGACGAGGAUCGUCUGCCUACGCCCGAUAUCAAGAGUUAUCUGAAAAUGACUGACCCUGAUGACAAGUUUCCUACUCUUUCCCACAAUUCAGGAGUGCUUUCUGCAAACUCUGAUGCGCUUGAUUUGGCCAACUCUCGCACCCCAGAGCCUUGGAACUCGCACCACAAUCGCUACCGAUCCAUGCCUCAGGGCGAUCUGAACAUGUUCCGUUCGGACAACCAAUUCGGAAAUCCUUUGGGAAGCGACACAGCUUCAACACCUCGUCAUGUCGCUCGUCACUCAGUGGAGCUGAAUAUGUACCUAGGCAAACAGGAACCAACAACUCCAACUGCUAGUUCGUCUGCUCGACCAGCGUCCCUGCAGCCAUCUUAUUCCACCAACGACCUGCCCACUGUCAAAGGGAAUGGCUUCGGCAGCAGUGCUAUCACACCUCCGAGAACUCAUGCUGAGCAAUUUCACCAGCACAAUGCUAGCUUGGGUCGUAUCCCUGCAGGUGUCACUCGCUCAGCCAAAGAAUCCCCCGAGCGCGAGGAUUCUAUUCUUGUAUCCAACGGUGGCCCACAGUCGGGGCUCCAGGCAACCGCUACUCCUUUCGGACCCCAGUUGGCUUCGGUCGCAAGCCCUUCUCAUGCUGGGCAGAAUGGUUCUUCUGGUCUUAGCAACUUCCAACAGCAAGGGCAGUUCUACCCCUACACUGUUCAGCCCUAUAUGAACAAUGGCAUGGCUGUUAAUGGUGGGGCAAAUCAGAAUUUCGGCGCUCAGGGUCCCUAUUCUGGAUUCAAUCAGAACGGUAUGUUCCAGCUACCAAGAGCUGCGGCACGUCCCAACAACGCUGCACUCAGCCGCAGCGGUGAGAGUGAGGCUCAGCAGGUUUCGCGCUUCAACAACCUUCCCUUGGAGCAGUACAGGGGUGAACUCUACGGUCUGUGCAAAGAUCAGCACGGUUGUCGAUAUCUUCAGCGCAAACUUGAAGAGCGCAAUGCGGAGCAUGUCCAGAUGAUCUUCGAGGAAACCCAUAUGCACGUGGUCGAAUUAAUGACUGAUCCUUUUGGCAAUUACUUGUGCCAGAAGCUCCUAGAAUACUCGAACGAUGAUCAGCGUACUCGCCUAAUUCAUAAUGCCGCACCCCAGCUGGUCCCUAUCGCGCUCAAUCAACACGGUACUCGAGCACUUCAAAAGAUGAUCGAGUUUGUCUCCACCCAGCAGCAAAUUCGGAUGGUUAUCGACGCUUUGCGUGGUCACGUCGUGGACCUAGUUCAAGACCUCAAUGGAAAUCACGUCAUUCAGAAAUGUCUCAACCGCUUGUCCGCCGAAGAUGCUCAGUUCAUUUACGAUGCUGUGGGUGCUCAUUGUGUUAUCGUCGGUACUCAUCGCCACGGAUGCUGCGUCUUGCAACGAUGCAUUGAUCACGCUUCCGGAGAGCAACGUGCCCGUUUGAUCGCACAGAUCACCUCAAAUGCUUUCUCGUUGGUCCAGGAUCCUUUUGGAAACUACGUUGUUCAGUACAUACUUGAUCUUUCUGAGCCUCACUUCACCGACCCAUUGUGCCAGAGCUUCUUGGGCAACAUUCCACCUUUGUCAAAGCAAAAGUUCAGUUCCAACGUUAUCGAGAAAUGCCUGCGCACUGCCGAGUACCCCAUGCGCCGUCGCAUGAUUGACGAAAUUCUUGUGCCCCGUGAGCUCGACCUAAUGCUCCGUGACUCAUAUGCGAAUUACGUGGUUCAGACUGCUAUGGACUUCGCUGACGCUGAUAAUCGCAACCGCAUCAUCGAGGCCGUGCGUCCUAUUUUGCCUUCGAUCCGCCAGACUCCCCACGGACGCCGUAUUGCUGGCAAGAUUGCAGGAGCUGAAUCUUCUGGACGCACCAGCGCCAACCCUAGCGGACAGGCGACUCCCAAUGAUAUGACCUCUGGCCAGCUCCCUGCGUCCAUGCAGAUACCUCCUAAGUCUUUCAUGCAGUCACCCCAGAGCUCCUUCAACGGCAAUGGAACUGCUACCCAACAGUUCAAUCCUCAACAGCCACAUGUGCCUUCGGCCAACAACUUCAACGGCGGACCUCCAUCUGAGGUUUCAAACUUCCCCCACGUUCCCAACCAGGGCCUUCCUCAGAGCCAAACUUAUGGCAACGUUGGCAAUGGCUUCUACUAA